UCUUCUGUAAAAACAAUUCUCAAGACCCUUAAUGAAGCUUUGUCGCAAAACGUUGAAAUUCAACUCAAGAUUUUGCAAACUAUUCCUCCUUUGUUGAGCAACUAUAAAGAGCUGCACGGUGACCUUCUGGCUGAGGCUUUACUAAUUUGUUUUCGACUUCAAGAUUCAAAAGUUUUGUCUGUCCAUAACACUGCUGUAGCUACUUUGCGGCAAUUGGUUAUAAACAUUUUCGAAAAAGUUCAAGAGGAGGAUGAAAUAAACGAUAAAAAUG